GAAUAUCGAUACAUACCGGCAACUGAUGACGGAAUUCGACGCUUUUAACACUGCCAAUACUACACUCGGAUGUUUACUGACUUAACAUCGAUCACAAGCACUUGCAAUAACAGUGAUUUUUUAUUUUUCCGACCAAAUCUUUCCCCUUACUCCCUAAUCUCUGCUGGUAUUCUUCACACGUGUUACGUAAGCCUUUCUAGAGUUCAUCCUAACCUAUGAUUUCACUGUGUACACAAAUGCAAUGAGUUAAAAGUCUAGAUAAUAUACUAUGCACAGGAUAUGAACGCCGACGGUAAUUCCGUAGCUAUUGGUUUGGUGGAAUAUCCGGCAUAUGGAUCCUAUGCGGAGUGCAUGACGAGGGCUUUUUUUGCUGGUUUAUCGACAUUCACUAUAGUAUUUUCCGGGACUUUUUUCGGACAGCGACUUUUGAAGAAGAACACCGUGUUCUCUUCCAAAAAAAGAACCAUCCUUGCUUCUACUUUAGUCGCAUCUGUAGCCUCCUACUACGUUGCCUCAAAGCGUGUAACUCUUUGCAGAAAAUCUUGGACUAAAAAUGGCAAAGAUUAA